UCUCAAAAUAUUCCCCCUUGUUUCUAUAAACACCAUGUCUCCGGCAUCAAAGCAAGUUAUAUGUGUCACCGGCGCCGGCGGAUUCAUCGCCUCAUGGAUGGUCAAAUUGCUAUUGGAGAAAGGUUAUUUUGUCAGAGGAACAGUUAGAAAUCCAGAUGAUCCGAAGAAUGUCCAUUUGAUAGAGCUUGAAGGAGCGAAGGAGAGAUUAACUCUAUACAAAGCCGAUCUUCUCGAUUUUGAGAGCUUGCGAGAAGCGAUUAAUGGCUGUGACGGUGUUUUCCAUACCGCUUCUCCCGUCACAGACGAUCCUGAGCAAAUGGUGGAGCCGGCAGUGAUCGGGACAAGGAAUGUAAUAGUGGCGGCGGCUGAAUGUAAAGUCCGGCGAGUUGUAUUCACAUCGUCAAUCGGAGCGGUGUAUAUGGAUCCACAUCGUGGUCCUGAUGAUGUUGUUGAUGAAAGCUGCUGGAGCGAUCUCGAGUUCUGCAAGAACACCAAGAAUUGGUAUUGUUAUGGGAAGGCAGUGGCGGAACAGGCUGCGUGGGACGAGGCUAAAGCGAGAGAGGUUGACUUGGUGGUGGUGAACCCCGUGUUGGUUUUGGGACCGUUGUUGCAAUCCACGGUCAACGCUAGCAUUAUUCAUAUCCUAAAGUACCUUACAGGCUCAGCAAAGACCUAUGCCAAUUCGGUCCAAGCAUACGUUCAUGUUAGAGAUGUGGCCCUCGCACACAUUCUACUCUUCGAGACUCCCUCGGCUUCGGGUCGCUAUUUAUGUGCUGAGAGCGUGCUUCACCGUGGUGAAGUCGUCGAAAUUCUAGCCAAGUUUUUCCCUGAAUACCCAAUUCCCACCAAGUGUUCUGAUGAGAUAAAGCCAAGAGCAAAGCCAUACAAAUUCUCGAACCAAAAGCUCAAGGAUUUGGGUUUGGAAUUUACACCCGUGAAAGAGUGUUUAUAUGAAACGGUCAAGAGCUUACAAGAGAAGGGUCAUCUCCCGGUGCAACCAACCGGCCACACCGAUGAUCACAUCCGUAUACAGUCUUAAACUAAACAUACAUAUAUAUGGUAUGUAUGUUAUCAUGUGUUCCUAAUUAAUCAGUGAACCUGUCCGUGGAAAGUUGAAAUCAUAUGAUCUUUGUUGAAUGAAAAGUCCUUUUCUUGUAUUUUGAAGAUUCAAAUGGGAAUCGUAAAUAUUUUUACAACAGGGAAACCAAAUAUUCAUGAUAAAUAACCAUAAAUAUCGUUCAUUUU